AAUCCCGGCAACUUGGGCGGGCGAACGUGGGGCCUGGCUGGCCGGGCCCGAGGUGCCGUGGGUGGGGGACAAUGGGCCAGUUCCUGGUGCGUCACGAGGGAGUUCCUUAAAGGGAAAGUGAGCGGGGCUACGGGGCGGACGUGGGUGCGGUGGUCGGCGGGGAAGGCCCCCCGCGCUUUAAAAUAAUGCCCGCGGCGCCCGCGCGACCAUGCAAUGGCGAGCGCUCGUCCUGGGGCUGGUGCUCCUCCGGCUUGGCCUCCACGGGGUGCUGUGGCUCGUCUUCGGGCUGGGGCCCAGCAUGGGCUUCUACCAGCGCUUCCCGCUCAGCUUCGGCUUCCAGCGCCUGAGGGGCCUCGACGGCUCGGCGUCUCCCGCCUCGGGCCCUGCGGGCCGGUCCGGGGGGCCGUCGGGGCCGUCGUGGAUGCAGCCGCCCGUCCCCGGGGCGGCGGCGGGGCGGCGACGGGCUCCGCGGCGGCCCGGGCCGGGCGUAUGCGGCCCGGCCCACUGGGGCUACGUGCUGGGCGGCCGGGGCCGCGGCCCGGACGAGUACGAGAAGCGCUACAGCGGCGCCUUCCCGCCGAAGCUACGCGCCCAGAUGCGCGACCUGGCGCGGGGCAUGUUCGUCUUCGGCUACGACAACUACAUGGCGCACGCCUUCCCCGAGGACGAGCUCAACCCCAUCCACUGCCGCGGCCGAGGGCCCGACCGCGGGGACCCUUCAAAUCUGAACAUCAAUGAUGUCCUAGGGAAUUACUCAUUGACUCUUGUUGAUGCGUUGGAUACACUUGCAAUAAUGGGAAAUUCGUCCGAGUUCCAGAAAGCCGUCAAGUUAGUGAUUGACACAGUUUCAUUUGACAAAGAUUCCACCGUCCAAGUGUUUGAGGCCACAAUAAGGGUCCUGGGAAGCCUUCUUUCUGCCCACAGAAUAAUUACUGACUCCAAGCAGCCCUUUGGUGACAUGACGAUUAAGGAUUAUGAUAAUGAGCUGUUGCACAUGGCUCAUGACCUGGCCGUGCGGCUCCUCCCUGCCUUUGAAAACACCAAGACCGGGAUCCCCUACCCUCGGGUGAAUCUAAAGACAGGCGUUCCUCCCGACAGCAAUAAUGAGACGUGCACGGCUGGAGCUGGCUCCCUCCUGGUGGAAUUUGGGAUUCUGAGCCGACUGCUGGGGGAUUCUACGUUUGAGUGGGUGGCCAGGCGAGCAGUGAAAGCUCUUUGGAACCUGCGGAGCAACGACACAGGACUGUUAGGUAACGUCGUGAACAUUCAGACGGGCCGGUGGGUUGGAAAGCAGAGCGGCUUGGGUGCCGGGCUGGACUCUUUCUACGAAUACCUCCUGAAAUCUUAUAUUCUCUUCGGAGAAAAAGAAGACCUAGAAAUGUUUAAUGCUGCAUAUCAAAGUAUUCAGAACUACUUAAGAAGAGGCCGGGAAGCCUGUAACGAGGGAGAGGGGGACCCGCCGCUCUACGUCAAUGUGAACAUGUUCAGUGGGCAGCUCAUGAACACGUGGAUCGACUCUCUCCAGGCCUUCUUCCCCGGACUGCAGGUUCUGAUAGGAGACGUGGAGGAUGCCAUCUGCCUGCAUGCCUUCUACUAUGCCAUCUGGAAGCGCUAUGGGGCCCUCCCUGAGAGGUUCAACUGGCAGCUGCAGGCCCCCGACGUGCUCUUCUACCCGCUAAGACCAGAGCUGGUGGAGUCUACGUAUCUCCUCUACCAGGCAACCAAGAAUCCCUUCUACCUCCACGUGGGAAUGGACAUUCUGCAGAGUCUGGAAAAGUACACAAAAGUCAAGUGUGGGUACGCUACGCUGCAUCACGUCAUCGACAAAUCCAAAGAGGACCGGAUGGAGAGCUUCUUUCUCAGUGAGACCUGUAAAUACUUGUAUCUGCUCUUCGAUGAGGAGAAUCCGGUACACAAAUCUGGAACCAGAUACAUGUUUACAACUGAGGGGCACAUUGUAUCCGUAGAUGAGCAUCUCCGGGAAUCACCCUGGAAGGAGUUCUUUUCAGAAGAGGGAGGGCAGGACCAAGUGGGAAAGUCAGAGCACCGGCCUAAACCUCACGAGCUCAGAGUCAUCAACUCCAGCUCCAACUGCAAUCGCGUUCCUGACGAGAGGAGAUACUCUCUGCCCUUAAAGAGCAUCUACAUGCGCCAGAUCGACCAGAUGGUCGGCUUGAUCUGAUCUGCGCUCUCCUGUGUGGCCUCAUCUGAAGUGGACCUGAUCCAGCGGAACCCAGGCCUGGCGGAGACCCGGGCCAAAGCAGGAGAGGAUGGGAGUCUGGGUGUCCAUGACGGCGUAGGGAAUUCUCUCCAGCUCCUCACCCACAGCUAGUGGGUUCUUGCACACUUAAGUGUUUCUCUUCUGUUCAAUAAAGUGCCCAGGUUGUCUUAAGGAUAUAGCUUGAAGUGAGAAGGUAGAUGGAAGUUGGCUUCUUACGCUGUGCUGAUGUCACGAAGCCCUGCGGCUGGGCUGUCUCUGGCGGGAUCUUCAGAGCUUCCGUCUGUGGAUCCAUCGGGUGUUGCAUGUGCGGGCCCUCGCCGCAAAAGCAGCGUGGCUGCCUCUCCGUCAGAGGCUCACAGAAGGGCCUAGGUCCACCUGACCUCCCUGUUCAUUGCGUUUCAUCAUCCUCUCUCUCUGUCUCUGUCUCUCUCUCUCUCUGGAUAGCUAGGCUCUCCCAGUCACCGCCCAUGAUUGUCGAUCCAGUGGGGGAACAGUCAGCCACUUACUCAUUUUCGCUACAGGUAAUCGUCACAGUGUUACAAACGAUUUGCUUACGAGUAACAGCCGUAUCGGAACUGUAACAGUCACUCUCUUCAGUUGUCAGGCCAUGAUUCAGGAACUUAACAGGUGGAUCUUCUGGAUGCCGCUUUAUGGUUCUGGUGGACCUCCCUGAGGAACGCCCAUAGUUCCAGAACCAGGUGCCUUUUAGGGAGAGAAAAGUACCUACGACUGUCUGAGCUUCCAGCUGUCUUACAUUUACUAACCAAGGGUUCUCGAUUCUGACCAUGUUCGGGUUAGAAUUCUGUUUUGUUUGUUUCCUCUGUCUAGUGCCAACUAGCUAAGUCAGGGAGAAAGAAAUGUCAGGUGACUUUCUGGUCUCCUUGAGCCGUUGCUCUGUGUAACAUAGGCUUCAGAUUAGUGCCUUCUACUAUUUUGGUUUGGGCCACUGGAUGUCACAGCUGCUGCUAUGAUUUUAACAGGCUUGUUUUUUAUUACUACCUAGUGGGACCACAGUGAAAGGGGGGUGGGAAUGGGUAUCAAUUAGGAAGAUUCUGGAAAUUUCUUGGCCAGUCCUUGUCUUUCAACCUGAUAUUUUAAGCAAGUAUAUAUAUAAGGAAGAAGUUGUGCCAAAACUCCUUUCUUUCUUGUUAUUAUUUCCUUAGCCAGAACAGAACUUUGUCUCCUUGAACUUGACUGAGUGCUCAUAGAAGGCAGGGCUGGGUUUGAGCCCCUCUCCCGGCUUCCCUGUGACAUCAGAGGUUGAGCUGAAUCUCAGUAGAAAGGGCAGGCGGUCUAAUAAAAACCCCCACCUUCACCUGUAGCGUUGCCGUCGCUACUGGCAGAUUUCAGAUGAUUUUGUUAUAGUCUUUUGAAAGGAGGAAGGGAGUGCUGCGUAAGCCAUUGUGUUUUCAAUCAAAGAGGAGUUUUAUUUCUUCUUGAAAAUUUGUGUUAUUGAUUUUUAAAUAUAGUCUACUUCUUUGAGGUUUUUAGGAAAAGGAUUUUCAGUAAUAAAUGUCACUUCUGUCUUAAAUAUUUACUAUGCAAAUUGCUUUAAAGUUAAAAAAAAAUCAAAUGCUUCCAUUUUAUGUUUUCAUUUCAGAAACAUUCUGUUUAUCAACCUUGUCUAGUCUACUGAAGAGAGAAUUUUGAGAAUAUUAUAUAUGUUUUAAGUGUUUUCAUUGACUCACUAAAGCCAAAAGGUCCCAUUUUAAACACACACACACACACACACACACACACACACACACACACGUGCGAGUGCCCUGUAUCUUUUCUCUGAGGUGGGACUGUAUGGAAGUGAGCCAUUUGGGAGAGUGGGGCACCUCAGGGAAGAAAGCGGGCCCUCCGUGCAUCUGUUUUUCUUUCUUCGUUCCCUGCCUCAGUUUCCCGCUCACACUCCAACAUCCCCUCCCCUCUGGGCUCGGGCGCCCCAUCCCCCACACACUCUGGAACAGGGAUCCGGGCCUGAGUGCUGCAGAGGCCCCUCGGGCACAGGCUGAGGUGAGACGUGUUCUGUAUCAAGUCCCAGAGCCUCAACUUCCAGGCACUGGACUUGUACCAGUUGUGAGUCCCAAGGUGAGCGGCUCACUUAAUCCUGGUGGUUGAGCUUCCAGACCACCCGGUCUAGAGUUGGAUGCUUUGUAAUCAGUGAUUUGUGCAACUAGGUGCCAGAAUGCUAUCUUGUGCUAGUCAAAGAGAAGGUUCUUUGAGCCACAUUAAAAACUGGCUUCCUUUUUGAAGAUCAGAAAGUCAACAACUAUAAUGUAUUCUGCAGAGUGUUGUCUGUUCCUUCUGUUCUUUGUUGUGAGAUAUCAGGGAGGGGAGGGCAGAGGAGAGGAGUGUUGGGGCGGUGCCCUUGCUCAGUGAUUUGCCCUGGGAACACCCUGGUUCUGAACAGUGUCGUCCUUUGGAACAGCUGUGAGCCUGCACCAUCCUCGCAUCCCCACGUGUAUCUAGUGUCUAGCCUCUGCUUUGGUUGACACAAUGAAAAUGGUUUUGCAAAACCUUCGUGGAAAGCUAGUUUAUAGUUAGGCUUGGUAGAGUCUAAAUCUCCUGCCACAAGGUUCUAAACCAUUACAGGGCAGGCUUCGCUAGCUGAGAUGGUGUGACUGAGGAACUCCAUUUCCCAGAGGUGUAGGUGGCAGAGGGCGUGUUGGCGAGCUCUCUGGUUGUGCUGGCCUUUGUGAAAAACCAGCUUCCAUUUUUCACAUCUUUCCUUCAGAACUUUCAAAUCUGCCACAACUUGCUCUGGGCACCUGAACCGCUGGGUUCUGAGGCUGUCCUGGGUCACGGGGCGUGCACACGGUCUUCUGUGUAUUUUGUGCCAGGUCGGUGCCUUUGCAGGUGAAAAUAGCCCGUAGCUCCCUGGCAGGUAAGCGUGGUUGUGCAGUCUGGGGGUCUCAGCUUGAUAAGCCCCUUUCCUUCCCCUCUGCCCCCCACCAAAGAAAAAGACCCCACUUAGCUAUUUUCUUAGCUCAGUUUACUGAAUGAUUGCAAACUGUAAUCCUUCGCUUCGGAUUUUAUAGACAUUCCUUUUUUCCAGAGGUCAUUCUCUUUGGCUGUUUUCAAAUUCAGUGCUGUGUAACAGGUCGGGCUGGAUGAUUGCCCUAGCCCCAGAGCAGCUGAGCAGGGACCUUAGGGAAAAAAAAAAAUCUUGAUCUCUCUUUCCUUUUCCAUUCCCAGACAUCCAGCUCCUCCUUUAGUGCCUCUUCCCUGCAGGGCAGGGACCUUGUGAGAGUGAGGAGGUGGGGCUGCUGGGCUGUGUGUCCCCAGGUGUUACAGGGCUCAGGGUUAUGUUUCCACUUGAAUUUGGUUGUGAAUCUGGCGAAAAUGUAAAGUACCUGUGGACCUUCCUGAUCUAAUACCCCCCCUUCCCUCUUCCUGAAAGGCAGAGAAAUAAUAUUUUUAAAGGUAUUUUGUUUUAGUUUUAAAUAGCAAAACACAGGCUACAUUUUUAUUUAUUAUGCACAAGAAAGAUAAAUCUGUUUUUACAAAGAAAAAAAAUCUAGAGUUGAAAACUCUGGGAAAACCUAUUGAAAUUUACAAGUGCUUCUCUCUGUCAUGUGCAAUAUGCUUUGCAAGUAUAGAUGAUAUUUUAUGUUUAAUCUGUAAAUAAGAAAUGUAUUUAAAUUAAAAGGGAGCUUUUUGUAAAAGGACCAAAUGUUCUUUUAUAAAUGUACUAAGAAGUAUCUUGCUUUUUGAAAUUUAUUCUGAUUUUUAUGAGUAAUUUUUAUUAAAAGAUUCUUUUUUUUU